UGUCGGUGGAAGGGGAAGACAACAGAAGAGAAAACAGUCAAGAUUACGGAGUUAGACAACAAAAACAUUGCGACAGUGCGACAGUAAAUCCUAUAGACUGCCUAUUGAAUUCAUGCAUACGUAGAUACCAGCCGCUGGACACCAUGACUGCCGAGGAGAUCAUAAAUGUGAAGGAGGUCGAGAUCAUCAAAGUGAUGUUGGACUUCCUAAACUCCAGAAAGCUCCACAUCAGUAUGCUAGCCUUAGAAAAAGAGAGUGGUGUCAUCAACGGCCUCUAUUCUGACGACAUGCUCUUUUUAAGACAACUCAUCUUGGAUGGGCAGUGGGAUGAAGUCCUGCAAUUCAUUCAGCCCCUGGAGGGCAUGGACAAGUUUGACAAGAAAAGAUUCCGCUACAUCGUCCUGAAGCAGAAGUUUCUGGAAGCGCUGUGUGUCAACAACGCCAUGUCUGCGGAGGACGAGCCCCAGCACCUGGAGUUCACGAUGCAGGAGGCGGUGAAGUGCCUGCACGCGCUGGAGGAGUUCUGCCCGUCCAAAGACGACUACAGCAAGCUGUGCCUGCUGCUGACGCUGCCGCGCCUCACGCACCACGCCGAGUUCAAGGACUGGAACCCCAGCACGGCGCGCGUCCACUGCUUCGAGGAGGCCUGCGUGAUGGUGGCCGAGUUCAUCCCGGCCGACCGCAAGCUGAGCGAGGCGGGCUUCAAGGCCAGUGGCAACCGGCUCUUCCAGCUGCUCAUCAAGGGCGUGCUGUACGAGUGCUGCGUGGAGUUCUGCCAGAGCAAGGCCACGGGCGAGGAGAUCACCGAGGGCGAGGUGCUGCUGGGCAUCGACAUGCUCUGCGGCAACGGCUGCGACGACCUGGACCUGAGCCUGCUCAGCUGGAUGCAGAACCUGUCGGCCAGCGUCUUCUCCUGCGCCUUCGAGCAGAAGAUGCUGCAGAUCCACACCGACCGACUGGUCAAGCCGGCCAAGACCGGCUACGCCGACCUGCUCACGCCGCUCAUCAGCAAGCUGUCGCCGUACCCGGCGUCGCCGCUCCGCCGGCCGCAGUCGGCCGACACCUACAUGUCGCGCUCGCUCAACCCGGCGCUGGACGGGCUCUCGCACGGGCUGGCCGGGCAGGACAAGCGGACCGGGGGGGGGAGUAUCUCGCCCAUGUCGCACUCCUUCGCCAACUUUCAGUACCCUGGCGGGCAGGGGCUGAGCCGUAGCCUGAUGAUGGAGACCUCAGAGUGCCACAGCAUCUUCGAGGAGUCUCCAGAGAACUCUAGGACUGACACACCCUCAGACAAGAUGAUGAACUCGGCGGGACCCCAGAAGGAGAGACCAGUCUCGGCCCCUGGAGAGGAUGCCCCAACACCAGAGAAGAACGAGCUGCGGAACUCCACGGAGCAGUUUGAGGAGUACUACCGCCAGCGCCUGCGUGUGCAGCAGCACCUGGAGCAGAAGCAGCAGCAGCGGCAGCUCUACCAGCAGAUGCUCCUGGAGGGGGGCGUGCAGCACCAGGAGAGCCCACCCGCCGACAAGCACAACCUCACAGAGACCUUCCUCAACAGGUCCAUCCAAAAGCUGGAGGAGCUCAACGUGGGCAUGGACGACAUGGGGGAGGACGUGCAGGCCCUGACCCAGCAGUGCAACGGCCAGGCGGAGAACGGCAGCACCAGCGUCGCCUCCGAUAUGUCCAGCUCCCUGGGGGACGUGGUGGUGUGCAGCACCCCACAGAGGAUGGCCAUGGGCCAGGGGGCUCCCCCCAUCAGCGAGUCCCCAGUCCGCUCACCAAGUGUCCAGCGGGAUAAAUCAAAACCUGGAUCAGGACUGGAGGAUUCUGGUGGCACCAAAACCCCCUCCAAGGACCCCGAGGGCGAGAAGGCCAAAGCCACGUUUGUGGCCGUCAACACCCUGGAGGACACUCAGGCGGUGCGCGCUGUCGCCUUCCACCCCACGGGGGCGCUGUACGCCGUGGGCUCCAACUCCAAAACACUGCGUGUGUGUGCCUACCCAGAUGCCCUGGACACGAAGGGGUCGGGAACGCCCAAGCCACCGGCGGUCCGCUUCAAGAGGAACAAACACCACAAGGGCUCCAUCUACUGCGUGGCCUGGAGCCACUGUGGGCAGCUGCUGGCUACCGGCUCCAAUGACAAAUACGUCAAAGUACUGCCCUUCAACCCAGAGACCUGCAACGCCACAGGCCCUGAUCUUGAGUUCAGCAUGCAUGACGGCACCAUUAGAGACCUGGCCUUCAUGGAGGGGCCGGAGAGUGGGGGGGCCAUCCUCAUCAGUGCCGGCGCUGGGGACUGCAACAUCUACACCACCGACUGCCAGAGAGGACAGGGCCUGCACGCGCUCAGUGGACACACAGGUCACAUCCUGUCUCUGUACACCUGGGGAGGCUGGAUGAUUGCGUCCGGCUCCCAGGACAAGACCGUGCGGUUCUGGGACCUGCGGGUGCCCAGCUGUGUGAGGGUGGUGGGGACAGGCUUCCAUGGCUCAGGUAGCCCUGUAGCGUCCGUGGCCGUGGACCCCAGCGGGCGCCUCCUGGCGACGGGGCAGGAGGACAGCUCGUGUAUGCUGUACGACAUCCGCGGGGGGCGCAUGGUGCAGACGUACCAGCCCCACGGCAGCGACGUGCGCUCGGUACGCUUCUCCCCAGGGGCGCACUACCUGCUCACCGGCUCCUACGACACCAAGGUCAUAGUCACUGACCUGCAAGGAGACCUAACGAAGCCGCUGCCCAUGACUCUGGCGGGCGAGCACGGGGACAAGGUGAUCCAGUGCAGGUGGCACACACACGACCUGUCCUUCAUCUCGUCCUCCGCAGACCGCACCGUCACCCUGUGGGCGCAGAGCGCCUAGGAGGACGAGCAGCAGAGCCACCAUUAAGCACAGCACAGCACAGAGCAAGUACUCUUCCUCGCCACCAGGGGGAGACAAAAGCGCGCCAACACCAGAGCCGUAGAUAGGUCUCUCUAUACCCGGCUCUGGCCCAGACCUAAACACACAACUCCACGGCAACAUCCCUCUCUCUCCUCACAGAGGGCGUCGUGGGGAAUGAGUUCAUGUGUUCAGUAUGCCACAGUGUGUGUGUGUGCAUCUGUGUGUGUGUUUCUGUGUAUAGACUGUGUGUGUGUGUGUGUGUGCGUGAGAGAGAGAGAGAGAUAGAGAGAGAGAGGAUGAAGUGAGGAUAUGUGUACAGUAUUGUAGUUCCUGCACAUUUUGUGUUAAUUUAUUACAUUAGUCGAUGUGCUCAUGAAAUGCUUCUAAAAAUGAUAUACCUUCUCUUGACCCAAUACCGUAUAUACUGGUAACAAGACUCAAGAUGUUUCCUGUCUAUGUGCAUACUAAAAAAGGUGAAAGAGCUGUUCUGUCAGAAAGUGAAAAUCAUUCCUACUCUUUCCUGUGUAGUGUCUCAGAAUGAUGUGAUCCGCCACAUUCCAAUGUGUUGGGAAAGUAAUGAGCAUGAAGCAAGAAUAGAUGCUUUAGCUGAAAUGUCGCUCGGUUGGUGCCUUGUGAAUUAGGUUCCAGUUUUAUCCAUUUAAAAAGCUUUACUAAUGAUAUAGAAACACAGGGUAUGCUACCCUUUUGUGAAAGACCUGUGUGUGUGUGUGUGUGUGUGUGUGUGUGUGUGUGUGUGUGUGUGUAUGAGAGACGUGUACAGGGGUUCCUGUGUGUCUGUACAGCAUCUCUAUCUUCUCUUAGAGCAGGUUGAGAAAUAUCCUGUGAACACUUCUCCAAGUUAUCUGUGCAAAAAGACUGCAAGCGCCUCUUCUCACCCAUUCCACGUUCUUUGCAUAAUUGCAGUACAGAUAAUAAUUAUAAUAAUGAUAAUAACAUAAUGGCAAACUUGCAAAGCAUGAUGUGAACAUUUCGGCAUUCCUUUCUGGUUCCAUAGUGCUUUACUGGAGCAUGCGUGAAGCUGCUAUUACAUGAAGAUCAAGUGUCAAAUGCUGCAGACAUGUUUUCCAUUUUGACGCACUCAGUCGGGUAGAAGAACAAAACAAGUAUUUCCCAGAUAGAUGCUGCUGACCGGAGCAGCCAGAUCAGAGCCAUAGACAGGUAGUGUCUCGCUUAGUGUUGCUGAGAUAUUAUUUGGAAUUUGCAGAACGGCCGCUCAAUGCUGUCCGAAACCUUUUGAUCUGUAAUCAGCAGUGUUCUGUAAUUAUUUGGUAACUGUAAAUUGAUGUUCUUUGGCAGCCAUCAUUGUGCCCGUUAACCUGGCUUGCUUGCAUUUGCAGUUCCACAGAUGUGCGUAUCGAUGCAGUGUGAACCUUAGGGUCUCGAUCAAAUAUUUGAAAAUUCAAAGGCUCAUAGGAUACAUGUUGUAGAACUUUUUUGUCUGUUCUAUCUCCUUAUGGUGUCAUACUGUAUAGUGGCAGUGACAAAAUGUAACUGAGGGUCAGUUGUGGUCUUCUCAAAAGGGAACAAUUUUGUCUGAGAAGCAUGUCAUUCUAACUAUUUUUUAAUAUUGAUUUUUAAAACUGUAUUAGUGGCUUGAUGUUAUGUUAAUGUUGCACUUUUUCCUCAAGGAACUAAUAUUUUAAAAUGCAUAUUAUAUUUAAGUUAAAUAUUUUUGCUUCAUGUACAGUCAUUUAUUUUAACAAAAUGAUUUACUAAUCAGUGAACUAAUUCAUAUUUAUUGUUUUAUUUUGAUGUACAUCAUAAUUUCUUUUAGUUGUAUCUUGUUAGCUUUUAUAUAAAUAUGGUGUAAAAAAGCAACCAGUUCUGAAAAGUGUGACUGCUGCUGCGAUGUUGGAGUAAAGGCCUUUCUGUCACUCA